AGAAAAAAUAAUAAGGUGCUCUGGCCUGCCUCCUACCUCGGUGUCCUGCAACUCCUGCCUCACUCAGUCACUCCUCGUGCGGACAGGGAACCUCCCAAAUUCAGCAACUAGUCGACGCUGUAGAGAGCAACUAUUUUGCAGGAAGGACUACCAUCUCGGUUUACGAACCGGAUUCUAGCUACAUUUGGGACAGAAUUAGCAGAACUCGAACCUUCAAGAUUCGGAUCUGGAUUUUCUUGAGCUGUAGCUCAAAUGUACGGUAGCUCAGGCGAUGUCGACGGUAACGAUCUCUCCGGUUCCCGGAAGAUAUCUCCCCCGUCAAAUAUGCCAUGGGUCCGUAACCUCCGGCGUUACAUCGGAGACGGGACAGGUCUUGGCUCUGAAGCACUCAUGGAGCUUGAAACAAAGAAGAUCUUGCUUGAUAUUUUUAAAGAGAAACAGCAAAGAAGUGCUGCUGCUGGCACAAUUCCCAGCUUCUAUAAAAAAAAGCCCGAGGAAGGAUCAAUCAGUCAAAGGGUUCAGAGGCUCGCAAAGUAUCGGUUUCUAAAGAAACAAUCAGAUCUUCUGUUAAAUGCUGAUGAUUUGGAUGCGAUGUGGGUUUGCUUAAGAGAAAACUGCGUUAUAGAUGAUGCAACUGGUGCUGAAAAGAUGAACUAUGAAGACUUUUGCCACAUUGCCUCGGUCUGUACAGAACAAAUAGGCCCUAAAUGUCGCCGCUUUUUCAGUCCUUCAAAUUUUAUGAAGUUUGAGAAAGAUGAAUCAGGCAGGAUAGCUAUUCUACCCUUCUACCUUUAUGUCAUGCGCACGGUUUCACUGACACAAGCAAGGAUAGAUAUGAGUGAGCUUGAUGAAGAUUCCGAUGGCUUCCUUCAACCUCAUGAGAUGGAAUCUUACAUACGAGGCCUUAUACCUAAUCUGGCUCAACUGCGAGACAUGCCCGCAGCCUUUGUGCAAAUGUAUUGUCGCAUUGCUGCGCACAAAUUUUUCUUCUUUUGUGAUCCCAAUAGGCGAGGAAAGGCAUGCAUAAAGAAGAUUCUACUCAGUAACUGUCUUCAGGAGCUAAUGGAACUACAUCAGGUGGCAUUGACAUGGUAUUAUACUGUUAUCUCUUCUGGUCACUAGGAAAGUGAGGAAGAAGUAACUGAUGCUGAACAAGCUGAAAACUGGUUCUCAUUGACAUCUGCACAGCGCAUAUGUGAUAUGUUCCUUGCUCUUGAUAAAGAUAUGAAUGGAACAUUGAGCAAGCAAGAACUCCGAGAAUAUGCAGAAGGGACACUUACAGAUAUUUUCAUUGAGAGAGUUUUUGAUGAACAUGUCCGGCGUGGGAAAACUGGAGGCAUUAAUGGCCGUGAGAUGGAUUUUGAAAGCUUUCUCGACUUUGUUUUAGCCCUUGAAAACAAAGAUACUCCUGAGGGUUUGACAUACCUGUUCCGGUGUCUUGACCUGCACGGGAAGGGUUAUCUAACGACUACUGAUAUUCACACUCUCUUCAGAGAUGUUCAUCAAAAGUGGAUCGAAGGAGGGAAUUAUGAACUUUGCAUUGAGGAUGUGAGAGAUGAAAUAUGGGACAUGGUGAAGCCUGCUGAUCCUUUGAAGAUAACGCUGGGUGAUUUGCUGGCAUGUAAGCAAGGCGGGACUGUGGCCAGCAUGCUCGUUGAUGUCCGUGGUUUCUGGGCCCACGACAAUAGAGAGAACCUUCUCCAGGAAGAGGAGCCAGUGGAAGAAGGGUAGCAUAAUUGAGAAAGAAUCGUUUGUUUUGCCAGAAGUUGGAUUACGAUGUUGCCUCUUAAAGCAUUAGAUUGUAGGGAAAGUAACGUCUUUAGUCCUUAGGUUGCUUGGUAAACUGUCUUUCUCGUCCUUGGUUUGUUGCACUUGCACAAAUAUGUACGUAGUAUUUCUGCUCACACUGAAACUAUACAUUUUUAAAAACGAUGACUAAUUGUUACUAAUUAAAUUAUUAAUUAUAUUUUUAAUGUUAUAUUUA